AUGAAUUUUGUCAAGCCUCCAGAAUUUAACGUAGGAGAUUCCUGGCCACUCUACGAAGAACGCUUGAAAAGAUUUUUUGUGGCGCAUGAAAUCGAUGAAGAGGACGAUAAACGAAGAGCAGCUUUCCUGUUGACGGCAGUUUCCAUGGAGGUGUACCAAACAGUGAAAAGUUUGUGUUAUUCGAAGCUUCCAGAAGACAAAAAGUUUGACGAAAUCUGCGAAUUGCUCAAGCAGCGGUUUACCCCGACGCUGAUUGUGUUCCGAGAGCGGGCACGGGUUUUUGAAGCCCGGCAAGCCAAUUGUGAUUUCGGUGCUGAUUUAGAUGUAUUUGUCAAAAAUCUGUUCGUAGUUGGUCUUCGUCGUGGACCAAUUUUUGAACGAGUUUGUGAAGAGGAUACAACUGCUACGUUCGAAAAUUUACAAAAAAUCGCGCUUAAAAAAGAAUCAACUCUUCAUCAGCGCGGCGUUUUGGAAGUACAUAAGAUACACCCGGAAGCGGAAAAGAAACAAAAGAGUGACUCGAAGUGCUUUGCCUGCGAAAGAGGUGAUCAUGAUUUCCGGAAAUGCCAAUACAAAAGUUAUAUAUGCAAACUGUGUAGCAAAAAGGGACUUAGCAAAGGUGUGUCCCACAAAGGAAACGGAGUCUUCCAAGAGCAAACAGAAACCGCUAGGUCUGAAACGGAGUACGAGGUUAUGGUACGUAUUCAUGUUAAUGGAAGGCCUAUUUGUUUCGAAGUCGAUACUGGUAGCCCAAUUAACGCUAUUUCAAAGAAUCUGUACGAUCAGAUGUUUUCUUCGCUAACAUUGAACACUGAUGCAGAAGAGGAGUUUGUUUGCUAUAACGGAUCCGGAUUCAGAGCAGUUGGCACAUUCAUGGCUGAGUUGCGGUACAAAAAUUACGUAUCCAAGGAAAAAAUUUAUGUGUUCGAAGGAACUAAACACCCGUUGUUAGGGCGGCAGACUAUGAGUCGUAGGAAUUUGAAAAUUGACUUUUGUCAUGUUUCGGAAAAGGAGCCUGAUUACAAGAUUCAGUUGGAGCAGUUAUUGAACAGAUAUGCUGCAGUUUUCAAAGGUGAAUUGGGUUGUUUCAAACAUAGCAAGGUGCAUCUGUCUUUAAAGGAUGAAACAGUUCCGAAGUUUUGUAAGCCCAGAAAAGUUCCAUUCGCAUUCAAGGAGAAAGUGGAAGCGGAACUGAACCGACUAGAAGAAUUGGGCAUUAUUUCUGUGGCGCCAUCAUCAGAAGCCGAAUGGGGCACACCGCUGGUCCCUGUUCUUAAGAAGGAUUCGUCAUUGAGACUGUGUGCAGACUAUCGUAUCACUGUCAAUCCGUUCCUGGUGGACAAUCGUCAUCCAUUCCCGUUUAUUGACGAGAUUUUUGCGGCGCUGCAGGGUGAAAAAUAUUUUUCGAAACUUGAUCUGAAGAACGCGUAUUACCAAUUGGAGGUGGAUGAUGAAUUAAGAAAGUUAUUGGCCUGGAGCACGCAUCGAGGUGUGUAUUGGAUGAAUCGACUUCCUUUCGGAACGAAGACGGCGUGUUCCAUCUUUCAAGCGACAUUGGAGAAAGUUCUUCAAGGCUGUCGUGGUACAAUCAUCUACCUAGACGAUAUUCUAGUUUCGGGUGCAACCGUGACAGAGCACUUGGAAAACCUGAAUGAAGUAUUAACACGUCUUCAGGAGGCUGGAUUUUUACUCAACAAACAAAAAUGUGAGUUUUUUAAGCAAGAAGUGAGCUAUCUUGGUCACAUUAUUGAUCAAAAUGGUUUACACAAAGAUCCAGAGAAGGUAAAAGCAAUAAUGGCUGUCAAACCCCCGAAAGAUGUUAAGGAAAUUCGAGCGUCCAGGUUUGGCGCAUUAUUUGAAGCCGAUGUAUGA